GUGUGUAACGUGUCAAACCACGUAUUUAAUUCAAGCGUAUUGAAUUGUGUACUGUACAGUAAUCCGUUAAGAUGAUUACAGACGUACAGCUAGCUGUAUUCUGCAACAUUCUGGGAGCAACAUUAUUUUGCUUGGUAUUUCUUUUUCACUACAUAAAUGCGAAUUAUUCGAAAUGAAGAAGUGGCAUGUAUGCUCGAACAUAACCUUAAGUC